CGGAUUCCAAGGCCGCGUCCAUGACAACGUGCGGCGCGACCCCGUGGUCCUGCCCCCUGCCGAGCUGCGUGAGCCUGGAAACGAGCACGAGUAUAGCCACCUCCUCCAACGACCAUCCCGCGGUCGGCCGGGAUGGAUUAACUUCGAUCGGGCAGUAUUGUGGGGGAGGGCAGCGCGUCGAGCCCGGGGGAAAGGCUGAGGCAAGACAGGGCAGCGGACGCUGUCCGCAUCUCAGGUGUGUUGAUUUGGAGAGUCCGCGGGCUAACGAGCUAGCUGGUCAGCCCCAGUCCGGAUCCCUGCGACUAGCAGCUCCGCGCUUUAUCCCUUGUCGACGUUACCGUCCUCGGUGCCGUUAUUGGCUAAUUUACCCGAGGUUAUCGUCAUUCGGCUUUUGAAAGUUACAAAAAGGACUGGGACCGAUUUCCACACCACUAACUAACCUCAUUCAGGCAGCUGUGUGAUUUGCAGUUGCCCAGACGCUGGGAGCUGCCUCUCACCCGGGCCGAUUAUAUAGCGCUUGCACAGCUCCGGGUGAGUGGUCCCCCAUCCCCCCAGGCAGGAUGAGGGAGUGGUGGGUCCAAGUCGGCCUCCUGUGCAUCCCCCUCAUCGCCGUCUACCUGCACAUCCCUCCACCGCAGCUCUCCCCCACCCUGCAGAACUGGCAUGCUGCUGGCUCUUUCUUCACCUUCAAGGGACACAGCAUCUUUUACCGAGAAUCCUUCGGUGCCGUGGGAAGCUCCGAUAUGGUUCUCCUUUUACAUGGCUUCCCCACCUCCAGCUACGACUGGUACAAGAUCUGGGAACCCCUGAGCCAGCGAUUCAAUCGGAUCAUCACACUUGAUUUUUUGGGCUUUGGCUUCAGUGACAAGCCGCGGCCCCACCGGUACUCCAUCUUCGAGCAGGCCAACAUCGUGGAAGCCUUGUUGUCUCACCUAGGGCUGGCCAAUCAGAGACUGAACCUCCUGUCACAUGACUAUGGUGACACCGUGGCUCUUGAGCUGCUCUAUAGGAGUGACCGCAACAAAACCGGGCAUCUGACGAUAAACAGCCUCUGUCUAUCCAAUGGAGGAAUUUUUCCAGAGACUCAUUAUCCAAGAUUGAUCCAGAAGGUGCUGAAGGAUUCGGGCUUCCUGUCCCCACUACUAACGAGACUCACCAACUUCAUGUUGUUCUCCCGAAGCAUCAGCGAAGUGUUUGGGCCCUACACCCAGCCCACAGAGGCCGAGGUCUGGGACAUGUGGACCGGGAUCCGCUUCAACGAUGGGAACCUGGUCAUGGAUAGCAUCCUCCAGUACAUCAACCAGAGGCUUAAGCACCGGCAGCGCUGGGUCGGAGCUCUCACUUCCACCCUGGUUCCACUUCACAUGGUCUAUGGACCUCUAGACCCAGUGAACCCUCACCCUCAGUUCAUCAGCCUGUACCGGAGCCAGGUACAAAGGUCUACAGUGUCCAUUCUGGACGAGCACAUAAGCCACUACCCCCAGCUGGAGGACCCCACCGGAUUCCUCAAUGCCUAUCUCAGCUUCUUCAACUCCUUCUGAAGAUCUUCCAUCCGAUCCAGACAUCCGGCUUGUUUGCAUCCAUGUGUGCCGAGUGACCCUAGAUGGCUCGGGCUGUGCCAAAACUGAACCAGCAAACUGCUCUAUGCAAACGAUUCAGCGCGGGGGGCGGGGGGCGGGGGGGGGGGGAGGCUCAACUCACACUGACAUGCCGGUUUCAGUCACAUGAUCAGGGUGAACCUCUAGUCAUCAUGUUGACAGUUGUCAACAAAGUUUUUUUCCUCAGUCUUCCAUACGAGUUGCAAUGUGUGCGUGACUGCAGGAGAGGGGAUAACUGGCUAAUGUUUGGUUAGAUGACGCUACCAAUAUGAAUGUAUGAUCCAGAGAGACUGCGGUUGUUCUAAAGCUCGGCAUUUUGUAACUGGGGCUUGAGUACCAUCUUGCUAUGAACUUGUAAGUUGCCCUUAGCAUCAAGAAAUUUGGGAAAUAUUUUAUGGCAAUUAAACUAGUUUUCCAAAUGUGUCUUCCCUUUUUUAAGUUACCAAAGUAACUUGAUAUUAAGGUCAGAGAGCAAACCUGGAGCAGAAGAACACACUAGUGAUGUGAUUACGCUGCCAACCACGGGAUUCAAACCUAUGGCCACCUGGAUAUAGCUUCAGGUUCCUAGCCCACUGAGCCACACACAAUGGAGUAGUAUGUGUCUUGUAUUUUAAGUCUCCUACUGCAAGAACAUGGAGAAGAUAAGACAGAUCUUUGUCAUGGUUACACUGCCCCCAUGUGGAUGAAAUGAGUAAGAAUACCCAACAGUCAAGGCAAGGUGAAGGUAAAGAUGUGCAUGCACACAAGCUCUGUUUAUCUGGGAUAGACUUCAAGUUCACUGCUGCCCUGUAGUGGUUAAGUGGGAUGGAGUAAUGGAAGAAUGGAGCACAUUGAGAACAAGUAAAAAGCAGGUCUGAACCAAACUGACUGGCCACAGGGCCGCUCUGGGACGCUGGUGAUCAGUAGCUCUGGAGAGCCGUAAUUCUAAUUCCAAAGUACUUUACAGGCUAAUAGAAAAAAUCAUGGGCUCUGCUAUCUAUGAAGAAAAUUACACGUUGUAGUAGAGUCCGAUCCAUGCCUGGAUAUAUCAGCCAUAGCCCAACUUAAAUCUGACUUUUACUAUGGGAUGUUGUGUAGGCACAAACACACAUGGUAAGAAUAAAUAAAAUGCAAUAGCUCUACUUCAACAUA